AUGGAAUCUGCAGGGGAAAAUGUGCCACAGGAGAAUCACACAUUGGUAGAAUUCAUCUUGCUUAGUUUUUCUGAACUUCCUGACUUGCAAGGAUUUCUUUUCAGUGUGUUUUUGAUCAUUUAUGUGAUUAUUCUAAUGGGAAAUGGUCUUAUUAUUUUAAUAACCAAGGUUGAUUCUUCCCUCCAGACCCCCAUGUAUUUUCUCCUUGGGAAUUUUUCUUCCUUGGAAAUAUGUUAUGUGUCAGUCACUGUCCCCAGAUUAUUAACAGAUCUUUGUAGAGAAAAUAGGAAUAUUUCCAUUCUGGCCUGUGCUAUUCAAAUGUAUUUCUUUUUGGUUUUUGGAGCUACUGAGUGUUCUAUUCUGACAGCAAUGGCUUAUGAUAGAUACGUUGCCAUUUGCAACCCAUUACUCUACUCACUCAUCAUGAACAAUAGACUGUGUAUCCAGAUGGCCUCUGUCUGUUGGAUCAGUGGAUUUCCAAUGUACAUUGGGUUUACUUACCAGAUCUUCUCUCUGCCCUUCUGUGGAUCUAACCAACUGAAUCACUUUUUCUGUGACGUACUUCCAGUAAUUAUGCUAGCCUGUGGAGACACCUUUAUGAUUGAGAUGUUGAUUUAUGUGGUUGCUGUUGUACUUGUCACUAUUCCUUUUAUGCUGAUACUUGGGUCUUAUGUGAAAAUAAUUUCAACCAUCCUGAAGUUGCCAUCAGCAACUGGGAGAGCCAAGGCUUUCUCCACCUGUUCUUGCCACCUCAUGGUUGUAGCUUUAUUCUUUGGAUCAGGGAUCAUUACAUAUAUGAGACCAAAAUCCACUCACUCAACAGGAAUAGACAAAUUCCUCUCUCUUUUUUAUACAAUUGUGACCCCAUUAUUUAACCCCAUAAUAUAUUGUCUGAGAAACAAAGAUGUCAUGGUGGCACUGAAAAAAUUCCUACUUAAGUGGGUUAGGUUUUGA